GCUCACGCAACCCUAUGCUCGGAGUUCCUACUCUUGGUGUGAUUUGAACCUUCCUGCAACAAUUAAAGAUCAGGUUUACUGGCCGCCAUUUUGCUCCUUUAACUUGGCUGGAGACUCCUCCUUUUGCUGACCAAAGGGACCCACGGGGAGUGGCUCCCCAGUAUAUCUGCACCCCAGGAUUUUUCCAUAUCAGUUCGCAAGCACACUGGAAGCGCUGAACACGGAUGUAUAGCUCGGUUCAUCUGAGCUCUCUGGCCUUCAUCUGAAUCAGGAGACAUGGGUCCCACCGGGCUGCCUCUGACGCCUGCUCCCUCUCCCCACAGUGCCCGAAUUCGCCAAGAUCAAGGUGUGGCCGUCGUGCGAGGUGAGCGACAUGAUCCUGGUCUGGUACCACUGUGACGGCAUCGACCCGACGUGGCGAGUCCCUGACCGCGAGGAGUUCCUGCCGCGCCCGUGCCCCUUCCGCGGCCUCACCGAACACUUUGUCAACGUGCACAUUGAGGAGAUCCCAGAGAACGGAGCGGAUACGGCCCACCUCUCCUUCCUCCACCGCCACGCUUUCCUGAGUGGAGCCGACCUGCGCUACAUGCACUCCCCUUUCUGGACUUUCUUCCGGCACCACUGGCAGGCAGAUUGGCACCCUGAUCCGGAGCCCAAUGCGCACUGUUCCCGCUUGCAGCUGAAGCACAACAUCACACUCUUCGGAAAGCACUUCAGCUUCAUGGACCUGAGAGUUUCCGCCUGGCAGGUGGGGCCCAGUUUGGUCUUCCUCGUCCUUCGGUUUCCCCUCCUGGGCCAAGGAAUCAUCGUCCAAAGCGUCACCCCCGUGCAGCCCCUCAUGCAGCAGGUGAUCCACCGAAUAUACUUCCAGAAGAACGUUCCCGCCUUCAUCGCCAAGAUGGUCCUCCGGGCAGAGUGCAGCCAGUUUGAGCGGGACGUCAUGAUAUGGAACCACAAACAAUACCUCUCCAAACCGCUUCUGGUGAAGGAAGAUGGGGCGAUCCAGAGGCACCGUCGUUGGUUCUCCCAGUUCUACGGCGAAAAGAGCCCAAAGAUUACCAGCCAAAAGGAGAGCCUGGACUGGUGACCGACAGAAGCGCCCUUUCCCCCUCUGGGUCUUUUUUCCUCCUGUCAAGGGGAUCCAAGAAGUCACCACCCGCGAGGCGCACUUGGGCGACCCUGUUCAGGGAAAUCUUUAGUGUGUGAUGUUGUGCUUUUAAAAUUUAUUAUGGCAGCUGCCCAGAGUG